UUUGUUAUAUAUAAUAUUUCCGAAUAUAAGAGAAAUAAUUUGAAGAAUCGAUUCGAAUUUGCUUUUGCAUAUUGUCGCUCGUGCUGCUUCUCGAGUCGAUUUACAUCAAUUUUUUCAUUUUUGAAAAUUUAUACACAUUAUUAUAUCAUCAAUCUCUUAAGCACAAUGCGAAAGCUAUUAUUGCUCUGAUUUAUUUCACUCAAGAAAAAGAAAUCGGAUCGCGUCCCGAGAGCGCGCGCAAACGAAAUCAGGUCACGGCUUCCGGGACACCCCGUGUAUUAGGAGGAGCUCAAGAAAUCCGUUCUUUUUUAAUUCAUAGAACGCUGCGAGGGACAUUUAUAACGGGCGUCAGCAAAAUUCGCGAGUGUUGGUGGCAUUGUCGAAGAGCCACCGAUACAUGCGCGAACGCGCACACACAGACACACACAUAUAUACCUAUAUAAGGGGAUGAAACAGGCGCAAUACACGCGAGAAUGCCACGAGCGCGCUCGUGUGGACAGGGUACCACAGGGGUGAAAUUUAAAGGGAGGGGCUGCUCUCGCGAAAAUGGCCGUUACGCACGGGGUAGAUUGUCCGGGGGUGGGCAAGUAACGGGGUGGCUCUCGAUCGCUCCGUGUCCUCCGCAACCCAACCAAUUGACCGACUGCCUCGCUCGACGAUCGACACGGGUUUUAUCCGUCUACGAUCGACAGCUAUUAUGCGGCGACGGCCAAAAAGCGAUCCCUGCUCUGCUCUUCUUAAACCCCCACCAGACGCGCGACCUUCCAUCCCUUCCGUCAAGAGGUAAGGUCGUCUCUGUUUUGUACAAACCCCCGAAAACGAGUUUCUCCGGAUUAUAGCCCGUUUUAUGUGAAUAUGUCAUCGGGGUAAUCUCACCCCAAAGUGUGUGCGUGCGCGCGAAAUGUGCCUGUCCUCUCGCUUCUCCGAGGGUGGUGUUUUGACACUUGCGAAAAUUCCGUGAAAUUCAGAUAUAACACCGUCCCUGACAGAUUAGGCCCACGCUUCGGCAAUGUACGUCAAAAAAGCUAAAUAGAAAAAAAGAGGACGGGGAGAAUAAAUAAGGAAAACCGAGGAAGAUGCCUGGCUCCUAUUCGGGAGUGGUGAUUCUCCUCUUGUUAGGGGCUUCUGUGUCGGCGUCUAGCAAUGCGGACGCCGCGAAAUCUCUGAGAGCAGCGAAGGCCAGGCUAAGAUCUUCUUACACAUCGUGGCGGAUAGUGGUAUGUUUAACUCAGCCUCAGACUCCUUUCAAGACAGACGUACAGAGAGCAUGGGAGGAAGCGAGACUGGAGUCUUCUUCGUCCUAUCACGCGGACAUGGAUGUGUCGUAUAUAGAAGCAAGGAUGACACCCAUGACGGAUUCCUUGUCGUAUCCCUUGUCACUGUUAAACAAAUUUUGUACAGACAUCGAAGGCGGAAAGACAGUAUUAAGCCUUAUUAUAGGGGGAGGAUCGGCAGCCAGAUUUCUCGUCACGGCUGCUGCCGCCCUGAACCUUCCAGCUCUAUGGUUGCCGUUUACGCACAAAGAUUUUCUCCGCCAGGGAAAUCUUGGCCGGUUUGAGAACCGCAUAGGUUCUAGCCCGAAAGAGAUCGGAGCAGCAGCUGCAGCCCUGAUGCAUCGAGCUAAUUGGCACGCGUUCACCCUCCUCAUCGACACCACCCUGUUGCCCAUAACUCAUCUGCUACGAACGAAUCAGUCGUCGUUAACGCCUCGUGCGAUCAUACAUCUGCCAACGAACGACAGAACUCUGAAAUUGCGAUUGAGACGGGUGGCCGAGGAGGGUGGAAGCGGCGGGGUCGUCGUGAUGGCAUGUGAUCUGAACAAUGCCCGCAAGAUCCUUGGAGCGGCCGGAAAAUACGAGAUGCUUUCAGGUAGAUUUCUAUGGCUGUGGCUGGAUCUUAAAGCAGAGCUACGACCGAACGAACCCAACAUCAUCAGCUCGAUCAUCCACGGCACGCGAACCGCUACUGCUGCUGCAGCAGCCUCGCCGAACGAAAACUUACCGCUGCUGGAGCGAACGAUAAAUCUUGCGUCCAAGGACGACGAGCGACCGCCGCCGCUGAUGAGUUCGUUGCCGAGUUUGUCCAACGACAUACAUCGGCUGCAGGAGUACAGAUGGCGGAGCGAAAAAAUCAUCAUCAAGCGGGAGGAUAAAGGCUUCAAUUUCGACGACGAGGAAGAUGUGAGGCUCGCGAGCGACAGGGAACUCAAUUCCAAGAACUUUAUGCCAGUCGGCAUGCUCGCACUCAGACCGUCUGGCGUUAAGAUCAUGGGCGGCGAUACUAUAUUGUCCAGAAUGCUGAGGGAGACCUCGCAGGCGUUGGACGAGACCUUUCACGAGACAAAGCAGAGAUUGAACCGUAUGCGCGAGCCGCAGAUCAGGGAACACUUUGUCCCAGAAUGCUUUCCGGAUCGUAACGCCAAAUUUAUGACGAGCGACGCGAGGGAAAACGUUUCCGCGAUUCUGACGCGUAAAUUAAAGAGAUCCGUGAGACAGCUCUCUAAGGACAAGGCGGAGUUUCAGUUGUUGAACUUGCAGGCCGUCAGGUUUCCCGGGAAUAAAACUCAAUUAAGGUGGACCAAAGUCGGCACCAUCAAGGGAGGUAGAGAGGUCCGUCUGGAUACCAUAAUCUGGCCUGGUGGCGGCAUCGUACCGGCGUACCUCGAACAGGGCGGCGAGAAGAUCGGAAUGCCAAUUUAUCGCAUCGUAACCGCGGUGGCGUCGCCCUUCACUAUGGUCACGAGUCUGCAGGAAGGUUUCUGCUUGCGUGGUCUCACCUGCCAGCAGGGUGAUCACGUCAUGUGCUGCUACGGGUUGAGCAUGGAUCUGCUCACGGUGGUCUCACGCGAGUUGGGCUUUCGCUUCAAUCUUUACCUGGCCGAGGACGGACUGUUCGGCAGACGGAACGGUCGCAGCGGCACGUGGAACGGCGUGAUGGGCGAGCUGGUGUCCGGCCGGGCGCAGAUGGCGUUUGCGCCCUUGAGCGUGUCCACUCAUCGCGCCGAAGUAGUGGACUUCACCACGCCGUAUUACUUUAGCGGCGUGAGCUUUCUCACGGCGCCGAAGCUCCGUUCCGAAAUACCGCUGUUCGCGUUUCUGUUCCCGUUCAGCACGGAGCUGUGGAUCGCCGUGUUCACGUCUCUCAACUUCACCGCGAUCGCCGUGGCGCUCUACGAAUGGUUCAGCCCGUUCGGCCUGAAUCCCUGGGGCAGACAGCGCAGCAAGAAUUUCUCCAUCGCCUCCGCGCUCUGGGUGAUGUGGGGCCUUCUAUGCGGUCAUCUCGUGGCCUUCAAAGCACCGAAAUCCUGGCCUAACAAGUUUCUCAUCAAUAUCUGGGGCGGCUUCUCAGUUAUCUUCGUGGCGUCGUACACAGCCAAUAUUGCCGCUCUUAUCGCCGGUCUGUUUUUUCACUCUGCAGUGAGCAAUUAUCACGAUAAAAGUCUAUUAUCGCAGAAAGUCGCUGCACCAAGAGCGUCCGCGGCCGAAUAUUAUGUGCAAAGAGCAAAUCCGCAAUUAUGGUCUCAUAUGUCUCGAUAUUCCUUGUCUGACGUCGCUGAAGGAGUGGAAAGAUUAAGAAACGGCUCUUUGGACAUCCUGAUCGCGGACACGCCAAUCUUGGAUUACUAUCGCGGGACCGAUAAUGGUUGCCGUUUGCAAAAGAUUGGUGACUCCAUCAAUGAAGACACUUACGCGAUUGCGCUCGCGAAGGGUCAUCCUUUAAAAGAAACCAUAUCUAAAGUCAUAGCGAAUUACACGAGCAACGGGUUGCUCGACAUUCUACAGGAGAAAUGGUACGGUGGUCUGACAUGUCUCGGAGGUCGACAAGGAAUGGAUGCGGGGCUGGAUUCUGAGUCUGGUGGUCAACCCAGACCACUGGGAGUAGCGUCUGUGGCCGGGGUGUUUUGCCUGCUUGGGAUGGGCGUGGUGCUCGGUACAAUCAUAUUGGCAGGAGAACAUCUAUUCUACAAGUACACGUUGCCGCGACUGCGACACAGACCGGAAGAUUCCAUCUGGCGCAGCCGUAAUGUGAUGUUCUUCUCGCAGAAGCUGUACAGGUUCAUCAAUUGCGUGGAACUGGUCUCACCGCAUCACGCCGCGCGGGAAUUAGUGCACACGGUGCGACAAGGGCAAAUCGCAUCGCUCUUCCAGAAAAGCGUCAAACGAAAGGAACAUGAACAACGUCGCAGGCGUAAAAGCAAAGCGCAAUUCUUCGAAAUGAUCCAGGAAAUACGAAGAGUUCAACAAGAAGAGAAAAUCGAGGCGGUACCCGAGGAACCUGCAGAAGCUACGAAGAAAGAGAACGAGAAACUAGGAAAAGAUAGAGAGAGGAGUCGUAGCAAGAGUCCUCUAAUGCCUCGGAGUCCGAAACGCUCGGAGAAGAGCAGGAGUUCGACCAACCUUUCAGCGUCUCGUCUCGGACUAUCACCGGUGAGUCUCGACGCGCCGAUGAAGCCCCGUGAGUUCACGCUCAGCAACACCAAUCUGCGCGCGAGGAGUCCGCUGGAGACGGUCGGACGUAGAUUGAGUCACGGCGACGGCGGUUCGCCGCCGCCGCGUCUCGGCUCGCAUUUCGGUGGCAGCGCUACGUUACGCCCGGUGGCGCCUAUCAGGAGUGACUCGACCAGCGGCGGCACGCCGACCGUCAGGCACGACCCCGCCGCGACAGGGGGAGGCGGUGGUGCACCGACCCCGAGAUACUCUCGCAGUCCCGCCAAGCGGGGCCAGUCCUUCCCAGUGUUCGCUACCUUGAGACCGCCGCACUCGGCAGGCUACCAGACGUCCAAGAGUCCGCUGUUGUCGCCGAACAGCGAACUCACGUCCGCCAUCGGGAGAAAACUGUCGCGCGAAUGGGGAUCUGGGGAUCUCUCUAUUAGUCUUACCAGAUCAUCGGAGGCUAUAGGCGGUGGUAAUGGUGCUAGCGGUGGCACGGCCAGUGGUAGAAGCGGUGGUGGUUCAACUUAUACCCUGAAUCAAGAAAUGACACUCUCCUUGAGUCGUUCCGGAGACGAUGGAAAAGUCCAGGAGGAAGCGUUGCCUAUGAAGAAGCCCAUACGACGUGCUAGGAGCCACGAGAAUCGCGACACUGGCAAAUUGAUGGUGGACCUGCCGUCGCCUAGAUUGACUCAGCCAGUGGUGGGCGGUCGGUCGGUGAGUGAGCGAACGAAGAAGCAGCUCGAGUCCGAGCUGAAGGCGAUUCUAAGUGCCAGAGCCCAUCAUCGCGACCUGCAUCCCCCUUGAUAGGAGACUGCUCCUUAUUAAGAGAGAGUUCUCGAAAGAAGUUCGGCUUUGGAUGAUCGCUGAGCCUCUGAGGGGCUUUGAUUUAAGCAAUAUCAGAUUUAUAGGUCAAUUUGUAGAGGAAUCCGACAGUUUAAAAAAAAUUAAGAACUUAAAUCAGAAUCACGAAAGAGGGCGGAGCACGGGAGAAAUUUUCUGCGUAGACGGAAUAGAGAGGGGAAAGGAAAGGAAAUCUCUUUGAUUGUUCAUACGUUGUUACGUACAUUAAUAACAUAUAGGAUACGUCGAUAAACAAAAGUGCUAUAAACUUUAGUAGUGAUGUCUUAAAUAGUUAGCGAGAUACACACGAGUACUAAGAUAUUUUCUUGUUGGCAUUUUAACUCUACAUUAAACCGGUAGCCUGGGUGAGUCUCUCUCGAUUGCUACGGUAUCAGAUAUUGUACGCUACAGCGUUUCUCAACUCUGAUUUUUGGCGAUUCCGUCGCGAUUCUUUAGCGCAUAAAGAUUUUUUCCUGAAAAUUCAAUCGAUUCUUAAAGUUGCUGUUAAGACAUUUACUAGAUCAGACCUGUUUAAGUUUCAAACUCGAACGAGCUUCAGCCGCCUUUGUACGCCGCCGUUAACUCUUAAUGAUAACAAUCGAUUGGCCAUAUAGCAGCGCAAGAAUACAACGAACAUACGUGUCUACGUGAUGAUUUCCGAAUAGUCUUAGUAUCUUUUUCCCCCUUUUUUCAUUUUCUUCCGUCUCGCUCGGCUUCUAAAGCGGAAGCGCAUUUUGCUCGCGAACAGAAACUCGGACAGGCCUGCCAUUACAUAGAUAUUAUCCCUUUAAGAGUGUAAAUAUUUCGAGAGACAGACUAUAUUGUUCCUUCAUCUUGUCAUAACGCGAAUAUUGUAAAUAAAACGAUAAAAAAUACAUACAUAUAUAUAUAUAUAUAUAUAUAUAUAUAUAUAUAUAGGGAUUUCGCAUAGAGCAAGAUAUGCAAGAUGACGAAGAUAAUUAUAUCUCGUGUUGAGAAACGCUGCUUUAACGAACUUCGUCGAAUUGGAACUGCAUACUGCCAUAUUUAAUAAUUCCUGUGACUGCGGAAGGAGAGACUCGCCCAAUGGACUCUCGGCGUAGAAUGACCACUAAUCGCAAGAUAAUAUGCAUUAAUUAUCUUACAAUUAUCGCGCCUGUCGAGGGAAAAGAUUGCACAAGUGAAUGGAAUUCUAAUCGAGUCUAAUGUAUUCGUAUAACACACGGGUUAUUCAAUACGGGGGAGGAGGUCACAGAGGUCCUCCUAAUUUAAAAUAAGAGAAAAAAAAAGAGAUUUCGUAGCCACAUGUCGUGCGAAUUCUUUCGCGCGACUUACGAUUAUUUCCUAAAGCAGUGCCAAAAAAGAUCAAUAUUAACGCGAUAACUCAAAAUCUCCAUCCUUUUGCUUUAUCUUACACGAAAAGAGUGUAUAAUAAUAGAACACAAUUUUUAGCAAAAUAAGCGCCAGAGAUCCGCGAUAUUAUAUGAUAAUCUCUAAUAAAUAAUCGUUCGUUUUUGCUGCGACUUGGUAAACUUCCGACCUUCUCACUGGUUGGUGAAUUACCGACUUCCGACGAUUUUACUAGACUGAUAGAAGAAAAUUCAAUUCAGGAAUUGUAAAUGAAACAUUAUUGGAAUUGAAUAAUUGUUACUGAUCGAUGUGCAUGUCCCAUUUUUGUCUAUCGAAUUCUUUCGAAUCACUUCGAUGAAGGAAGGCGAAACUCAUACGUCUAGUCUCAUUAUUAUUAUUCAACUUAGAUAGUAGAGCGUGGAUGUGUAUGGGACUAAAUUUUAAUUAAUUACUAAUUAAAAAAAAGGAGGAUUUAUGAGCGAGGCCUUAGAGGAGUAGUCGUAUCCGCCCAAAAAUAUACUUUACUUAACUAGUACUGUACUAUAUUGGGUACUCGAAUAUUUCACUACAUUAUAUUACAUGAUAGAGUAUAUAUAGACAUUUAGUUUCACAUAGUUUCCUUAGUAGAAAAUGCUAUUGUAUUCAGAGAACUUACAGACUAAAAUCCCUCGAGACCUUGGUAGAUAGCUAUAUCUCCGUGUGAAAAUGUAUGUGUGACUAUUCACCAGAGAAUGGAGCGAGUAUGCGACUAAUUGCAAAGGAGAACCGCCGUAGAGGACACUCCGGUAGCUAGAAGAAUGUCAUUGUCUUUGUUAGUAAUCGUGGUUAUAGGUAGUUUCGAGAGAGAAUUUAUUCGGUUACGUAUGUAUAGCGCGAUUAUGAUGCGCCCGGCUAAGAUGAUUGAUGAAAGUGUUCUGAAUGAGUUGCACUAGUCGUGCAUUACUACUGUUCGCAUUUAGCGAAAAAUUUGCCACCGCUGUCGUUUUACAGACACGCUAUAAUAAUCAUUUUGCCACGUCUCUCUCGUUCGCCUACAUAAAAAGUUCCCAUAAACGCACUUAACUCGGCUAACUUAAGCUAACUUGAAAAGCCUCCUUUCUCUCACUUCUCUCUUUACCUUUUAAAAUGAUCUCUUUUGUAAAUGUCACAUCAAAGUACCGACUGGUUAAAUUAACGCUUUAAAAGCGUUCUGAAAAAAAAUAAGAUUUUAAGAACGGAUUUUUUUCCAGCAAAUUCUGUAGAGUUUAAUCUGUGUACUGCAAUUAAUUCAGGAAGUGAUCAAAAUACAAACAUAGGGGGCCAGUUUAGAGUCACCCGCGCCUAAAGAAAUCAAAGAUAGACUUAUUGAAAUUAAUUUGUAAGCUGUAAUUCUUUGUAAUAUUGUGGGUUCUACCGGCAAUUUGGUUCAGUAGGGCUCUCUCCUUCUCUCUUUCUCUGUUUUCAUUCUAUGCGUGUUCUAGUUUCGCGAAUGUCUCGGGAAAGUCUGGCAUCCUUUAAGGAUCCCCCUGUACAUAUGUGUCUUCUACUAGAUACCUGAAGGAACACUAUUGCACUGAAUUAAAGGUCGAGCCCCCUACUUCUUUGUGCGCCAACAAGAGCCUGGAUUAGUUACACGUUAUACAUGCACGGAAAGAUAAGAGCAAAUUGCACUGAUCUCGUUGCCGCAAGCUUUGUGAAAUUUCCGAAACGGUCUCAAUAGAUUUGCAAGUAUAUUGCCAUGUGAUAAUGAUGAACACAACUGAGAAGCAUUUCAAAUUUGCAGUAUAAUUUGGAGUGGUUCUAAUCGUUGUUUUCGUGAUUAUUCGUUGAAAAGAGAAUAUGUAUAGAGUUUGAAGAAUUAUUUUCAAGAUAUAUAUGUAUAUUUUAAAAAGGUAUAAAAAUAUUUU